AGCGCCAAAAGAGUGACGAUGGCUGAUGAAAAACCAAAGGAAGGAGUGAAGACUGAAAAUAACGAACACAUAAAUCUAAAGGUAGCAGGUCAGGAUGGAUCUGUCGUGCAGUUCAAGAUCAAAAGACACACACCGCUCAUCAAACUUAUGAAGGCAUAUUGUGAGAGACAGGGACUUUCAAUGAGGCAAAUAAGGUUCAGAUUCGACGGACAGCCAAUAAAUGAGACAGACACACCUGCACAGUUGGAAAUGGAAGAUGAAGAUACAAUUGAUGUGUUUCAACAGCAGACGGGGGGCCGGAUUUAAUCAGCCACACAUGCUGC